CACACUCCAUAGGAUGUCACAUCAUAACCUUAAAACUCAAAACGAAAUAUAAUUGGACCAGCGAACAUUGGACAUGUUACAUUUGUGACAUUUGUUUUGAUUCAUUAAAUUACUUUAUUUACUUAGUUGAUUAUAUUGUCCAAUUUAUCAAUUUUGUGUAGAAAUGAGUAGCAGCGAGGGCGAAGAUAAUUAUGAUUACUCCGAGAAAACUGAAGAUCUCGACGACGGGGAACGAACUGCUAUUAGGUCCGAGUUAUCGACUCUAUCGUUCGAGGAACUACAAAAGUUAAAGGAAAGAAUUGGAGCCAAAGUGUACAAGGAAGCAAUAUUUGGAAAAAAAGAUGGCAAGGUUGAAUCCGUUAAACCGAAGGUGUUUAAAAGGGAAAAUAAAAAUAGACCCCGAGAAAUGAGCUCCAAAAAGCCUGUGUCGAUGAUGAUUGACGUGCCAAAGGCGAGAAAAAAGGAAAUUCGUGAUCCCAGAUUCGAUCCUCUCUGUGGAGAAUUUAAUAAGAAGCAGUUUUCCGAUGACUACAAUUUCCUAACAGAAAUGCGCAUGAAUGACAUUAAAGCCACCAGGGCCGAGUUACGGCAGACCACAGACCCGGAGAAGGCCCUCAAGCUGCGCCGUCUCCUGCAGAGGCUGAACGAACAGCACAAGGCCAGCAGAAUGAAGAAGAUGGAGAGAAUGGAGAUGGAGAAACAGAAGAAACAGGCUGAAAAAGAAGUUAGCGAGGGAAAACAGCCUUAUUAUAAAAAUAAAUCUGAGAAACGCGUCGAAGACCUGGUGUCCCAAUACGAAGAGCUCCGCAAAGAGGGCGCCACCCGCGUGCAGAGACACAUCAAGCGGCGCCAGCAGAAGGUCAAGCGGCGCUCCCACAAAGCCCCGACCGGUGUCAGCUGAUUCCUCAACAUCACCACAUUGCCUGCUUUCUUGUAUGUUUACCUACCGUUUAACUGAGGCGAUUAGUAGUUAUAUAGUCGUUCGAUUUGUAGCUGGUCCCGAGCGGCUAAUCCUUUGUAUAUUGUUAAGUAAAACCCAUGCCACUACCUGCAAAAAAAGCGUCGUAUAAUUCUAAUUGACACCUGAGCGCGGGCUAGUCCAACGCUCAAAAAACCAGUGUAGGUGCGCUCUCCGAUAACGCGCCUUUGUUACGCAUCUCGAGGACACAUUUAAGACUGGUUCUGUAGCGUUCGUCUCGCCGGAACUCGGUAACCGCAGAGGGACCACACAAGAAAUCGCAUUUUUUUCCAUUUAUUCAUUUUGAAUCUUAUUGCAAUUUCCAUAGGAGUUGUAAUUCAAUAACCGGUUAAAGUGACCGGACUAUUUCUUUUGCAGGCAGGGCACAUGCGGUUUUACUUAAAAAUAGCUCGGGGCCAGCUAGAAAUCUAAGGAGUCUUAAGUACUAUAAAACGUUAUUAUGGUCAGCUAUAGACAGGUUGAAUACGUGGCUGCACGAUACUAAUUUGUAUUAUGUUAAUUAAGUAAACAUGUUUGUGUUAUAAA